GCCGCCGAGCAGGGAGCGCGCGUGCCGCCGGACCAUGGCCGCCGUCCGACUGCUGCUGUUGCUCUGUACGCUGGCCGCCGCCGUCGCCGCAGUCAGCGGCGCCGGCAACAGCACGGUGACCUGCGAAGCCGGCGCCUUCGCCUGCGCCGACGGCAUGCUCUGCGUCCCCAGCACCUGGCGCUGCGACAUUGAGCAUGACUGCUCGGACGGCAGCGACGAGUGGAACUGCGCGGCACCGGCGUGCGCCACCGGCGACUUCCGCUGCGACUCCGGCAGGUGCAUCCACGGCUCCUGGCGCUGCGACGGAGACCAGGACUGCCCAAACGGCAGCGAUGAGCAGAACUGUUCUUCGACCGGCUCAGAGCAGCCCGAGGACCACGAGAGGCCCGAGCGGCCCGUAAACCGCACCUGGGUGACCAGCGGUGGCCGGCCCGUGAUGCCCCAGGCCGUGAUGCUCUUGGCGCCACUGCUGCUGCUGCGCGGCGCUCACGCUCUGUAAUGAUCACCGGCGUGCGGUAACGUGACGUCACGGUGACCCGGGCGAAGGUCAUCGCCCUGACGAUAGCGAACGCGAACCACCCGGCACAAGUGCCUCCUAUUGCAGUGCGAGGUCCCGCCUGAUCGAAUGAAGUCCGCAUAUGGACAGUGGGCGUCCCCGAAAUCACCGCGCAAUGACUGCACGGUACGCGGCAGCAGCAACAGCAGCGAGCAGCAGCAGCAGCGAGAAGGUGGUGCGGCUCCGUGGUGGAGAAUCAGCUGUCGAGCAGGCUCCGGACUUCGCGAGAGGAGGGGGGAUGGGGCAGAAUCCGUCACUCUUGUGAUAGCUGUACCGUGCGCGGUGCGGACGCUAUGCGAUGCCGCUAAGAAAUGCGGGACUCGUGAGUAGCGCAUGGCGUCGCACAUUUUGUUACACUUGUAGCAGAGUGAGCGAGGCCCAGUUUGAGUUUGUUUUGUCCUUGUUUUAAACUGGGACCGGUGGCAUUCAUGCUCUCUGGGAAAUGAUAUAUUUGAAUACAAUGAGAGCGGUGUCAUGCUGUCUUAAGCCAUAUUAAGCACACAAUAUGCUCCAAAUUUCAACAACUCGGCAACUCCUAACAUGUUCACGUUUCGCCGUACGAACGCAAAGGAUUUGCAGGCAAAGCAAUGUGUACGCGACGUUUCCACACGACAUUUCAGCGCGAGGAAAGUAAAGCGUCCUCGCUCGAUAACAUCGGAAACCCUAAACUCACGGGUCCGAAGCCCAAGCUUAGGAUCGUCGACCGAGUGUCGUAGCGGAAUAGGAUCAACACAUUUAGGCUGAAAAGGGAAGAAAAUGGCAUUGACAAACGCAUAGCUUGACAUGUGCAGACAGUGUGGGACCUCGAAUAAACUAAGAAUCUGACUGUUUCUGUACGCUUUGAACACUUCCUGUCAGUCUACGGCAACUGUAGCGAAUACCGAUGUUAAGCCAAAUGCACAGUGCUGCUGAGAGCCACUGUCUGUAAAGCAACAAGUGAUCUUGGCAACACCCAAUCCGUGGCUGUGUCGGAGAUCGACCGAGAAACGCCAAUGUUGCUUCGUUUGAAACCGGUCUCGAAUGCAACGCGUUGCUGUACAAACCAAUACA